UACCAACGAAACAAAUUCUUCCUCGAGAGUUUUAGGUGGCCAUGAAGAUGGACAGCGAUUUCCAUAUGGCCAAGGGAGAAGGAGAGACCAGCUAUGUCAAGAACUCUACCCAUCAGAAGAAAGCUUUGAUUCGGACUAAGCCGGUGCUCGAAAAGGCGGUGAUAGAAGUGUGCAUGGAUUUGCUCCACCCAACAAUGACAGUUGUUGACCUAGGCUGCUCUUUAGGUGAAAACACACUCAUCUUUGUCUCCAACGUGAUCGAAGCAAUAUGCUGCAAUCAUGGCAAGCUUCGUGGCAACCUCGUGGAGCUCCAAGUCUUCCUCAAUGAUCUACCAGGAAACGACUUCAACCGUGUGUUCCAGUCACUUGAGCAGUUCAAGGAGUCAAUUACAGUAACUCAUAAGCUAGAAGCACCGCCACCUUUUUAUAUUGCCGGGCUACCGGGCUCCUUCUACACCAAGCUUUUUCCUCGUCACAGUGUUCAUCUGUUUCACUCAUCAUAUUGCCUUCAUUGGCGCUCUGAGCUCCCGGAUGGAUUUGCGGCCAAGAGAGAAAUGUAUCUAAACAAAGGAAACAUUUAUAUUGCGAGGACUACACCACCAUCUGUAGUUAAAUUAUACCAGGAGCAUUUUGAGAAGGAUAUGUCGUUGUUCCUCAAGCUACGAUAUGAAGAACUGGUGCUCGGCGGACAAAUGGUACUGACAUUUCUUGGGAGAAAAACAGAGGACGUCUACAAUGGAGAUAUGAACCAGCUCUAUGGAUUAAUUGCACAAUCUUUGGAAUAUCUUGUUGAAGAGGGCCUCCUAGAGAGGGGAAAACUCAACUCCUUUAACCUACCCUUUUAUGGUCCAUCACUAACUGAAGUCAAGAUGGUGAUCAAGCAAAGUGGACUAUUCGACAUAAAUCACGUCGAAUUGUUCGAAUCCAACUGGGAUCCUUGCGACAACUCGGAAAGCAAUGAAGUGCACGACCCCCUCCGAAGCGGCAUGAAUGUGUCCAAGAGUUUGAGGGCAGUGAUGGAGCCCCUUUUUACAAGCCAUUUUGGUGAAUCUGUGCUCGACAUACUCUUCGAAAAAUUCGCGUACAAUGUCACGGAACACCUUGCGAGGGAGAAGACAAAAUAUUCCAUCAUUGUUCUGUCCUUGAAAAGAAAAUAAUGGAGGUCUACAUUGAUUGUGUAUCUUGACUUGUUUUAUCUCUCUAUGAACGUAAUCAUCUACCGGGUCUUGUUUAGUUGUUGACUCUAUCCCAGAAAUGGGUUUUUUCA